AUGGAGGAACAACAGCGAGGGGGGAAAAAAAACGAAAGCAAUUACAAGUUCCUAAACGCAGACGAAAUAAAUAAUUUGGAGUAUAUUUUUAACAAAAUGAAAAGAAACAAAAAUGAAAAUGUCACGAUUCAAAAUGUGCAAAAAUUUCUCCACGAAAAUCACAACAAAGACAUUUCGGACGACCUCUUAGAUUUGUUUCACAUGUAUGGCAGUACCAUCAGUCUGGAGGACUUCCUCACGUCCCUCAAUUGUGAUAUCAAUAAAUUCAAAUCGAAGGAGAAAAUGGAAAAUUUGUUCGACUUGCUGGACACCUCCAAAAGGGGCUACAUAUCGACUAGGACUUUCAUUCAGGCGGCCAAAGAAUUUGAAAAUGAAUUCUGUGAGGAAACCCUCAAAAGCAUUUUUAACAUCAUGGACCUAAGCAACAGCGACAGGGUCCACUUUGACGAGUUUAAGAAUGCCAUAGCGAACAUGUGA